AUGCCGGACAUGUGCUUCAACAGCGUGGUGAUGUGUGCCGCAAAUGCACUGACAGCCGAAUCCUUCGAAACGUUUCUCAAGGGGCUUCAACCGGACGACGAAAUAGGCCUGUUUGGGCACUUCUUGCCACGUCCAGCUUCGGUUGAUUGGUUCUUGUGGAGCAAUCAGCACUGGGGCACCAAGUGGGAUGUCCCACAACUCAAAUGGGAACGCAACAACCUUUCCUUUCACCUGAAGUUUGAGACCGCAUGGGCCCCACCAGUUGCUUUCUACGAGUUUCUUGAAUCUGCUGAUGGCGGUGACUGGAUGAUUGAUGCCAUUUUUCAUUCUUCUGCGGAGAAGUGGGUUGGACGCUACGCCUGCGGAUCCCAGAAGACCUGGAAAUACAACUUCGAAGACCCGACGUGGCGGGACAGACUGCCUCACAAGAUUGUUGACGAAGCUGAGCUAGACCGCGAGUAUGCAGAAUGGCUCGAAUGGAAAGAGAGCUGUAGAAAGCAGGAUCAGUAG